AUGGGGUCUGGCAAGUGGCUUUGUGUCGCGUUUGGGUUGGCAUUCGCUAUCCCAGGCUUUGUGUUCAGCUCCACCGGAAGCGCCGAGCCAGAGCAGACUUCGGCGACGGCACGCCCGUUUGUUGCAGAUCGUUACGUGGGCAAAAAAGCAAAGCAGCAAUUGGAGAAGGACUACAAACAAGCGUGCCGCAAAGUUUUGGCCAAAGCCUUCAACCUCCAACAAAUCUGCGGUUUCGAGUUUGAGGCUCCCAACACCUUCUUGGAAGCAUUCGGGGUGAUCCCAUCCCGUUUUGGGGAUUCGAACACGGAAUUGGAUGCAGUCUUUGUUGUACCUGCAACAGAGGCAUCUGCCGCGCCUGUCGAGCCGUAUCCAAGCGCAGAUGAUUGGGAAGUCUUCAUGCUUGGACCAGGAGGCUGGACUGAUGCUCACACACAGGUGUGGGGGUCUCAUACCGAGCCCCGCUUGAUCGUGGCCGAAGUGUCCCGACCUGCUGGACAACUCAAGGCUAAGCUUAAGCAGCUCAAAGCAAGAUUGGCCCUGUUCGACCACUGGAGGACACGAUUUCAAGUCGUGCUUGUGAUCGUUUUGAAUGGCCCCGACCAGGCCUUCCGCAAGGCUCAGCAGGAUGUCCAAACUUCUUCCUUCAAUGUGACCAUCGUACACUGGAAAGACCAGGUGGUUCAAUCUUGGAAGGCGGAGGGCAUUGCGGAGGGCAAGGCGCAGGAGCGGGAUCGUUUGACUAGAAAGGCAGCAAAGAUGGGGCUGCAACCGGAGCAGCUCAGGCAGCUCUUCGAUGAACAAGGCGACGAACAAUCAGAUUGA